AUGGUGGCUGCGUUAAAACCAGCCCUACAUUUACUACAACUGAUCGAGAGUCGUAAUUAUAGUGACGCAGUGAAAUUCGUUGAACGAAAUAGUGGAGAAGACAAUCAUCUAGAGCAGUUAUCUCCAGAUCUGAUCUAUAAAGUGGCAUAUAGUUUCGGGAAUGAAAACAAUAAUCAACUGAAUUUAUUGCUAGUAGUGUUGUUCAGAUUGCUGGAAUCGAAAACGGAAAAAUGCCGGUUGUGCUGUGAAUUGUUAUCGUGGCGAACGUCUCCGUUUUUGACGGAAAUUCUGUUGUACCAACUGGAAUCCUUGUUAAGAGCAGAUUUUCAAGUGGAACACUCGGAUCUUUGUGAGCAAAUCUGUGGCGAACUACCGAAGAGAUUGGAACGGCGUCUCUGUGAACGAUUGAUGAGCGAAGACGAGAACUUGGAGUACGCUAUUACUGAAGCAGCUCACGUUUUGAAGUUCUACGAUAGAAUUCCUCUCAAAACUACGUUUAGCUUUGAUCAACUUAUUGGUGAGGUGCUCAGCAAAAUACAGUUCGACGAACCAGCUGCUUUCCCAUUCCUCAUUUGGUAUGCGAGGAAGCAUCCUUUUUCUCCAAGGUUGUUGGGACUCACGGAACCAACGGUGCUAAUACCAAAUGUUUACGAUCGAAAUUAUCUACAACUUCGGUUAACUGAAGGAAUUUGUGAGUAUAUAAGCGGUGACGAACAACGGUAUGUGUAA